GGAGUAUCAAGGAGCCUUUCCGCAGCCUCUUGUGUCACCAUUCGAUCCACAUACCUUGAGAAGCUUGAGUCUUUUGAUUCGUUUCUGCAAGGAUUAUCCCAUCUGUUCCAGAGCAUCAUCCUAGGAUCUCAUCAAGUGGUAUCAGAGCAACUCUGGAAGGGAAGUGUUCGAUUUUUCUCUCUGAUUUUCGUUUGGGUCUGUUUAUAUUCUGUCGAGUUUGAUCUGAUCUGUGUUCUUAGCGUUUAAAUCUGAUAAAUCCGUUUGUGUUUGCUAAAAACCUGUCGAUCUAUUCUUAUUCUCACUAGUUUUGAUUGAUCUAUGAUUGUGUUGUUGAGUUUUAAUAGAUUCAAGCUUGUUGAUCUCGUUUCUGAUAAAAACUUUUCACAUUCUUGUUGCAGAAGUAAUCGAUUUGCUUGAUCUGUUUCUGUUUUGGAUUUGUGUGAUUCUGAUCUGUUCUUAUUGCUUUAAAUAUAAUCUAUCUUGUUUGGUUGAUUAGAUUUCGAAUUUAAUCUGUCUCUGUUUAAGAUUGAUCGAUCAUAUUGCGUUGGUGAAUUGUUCUGAUUAUCAAACUGUUUUAUUUGAUUUGCUUGUCGUUUUAAAAUUGAUCUGUUGUUAAUUCUGAGUGUUGUUUCUCUUAGAACUAGUUACUGGUUUCUGUUUUAUUUGUAUCUCAGGUACCAAUGGAGAAGGAGCACAAAGGAAAACAUCAGCCAAAGAAAAAUAGAGAAUGCUCAAGAUCAACCAGAGAUGAGUACAGGCAAAAAGAGUUUGAUCAGUUUGACAGAAACCGGAAGCAUGCUGUAUAUGAAUUUCAAAUCCCUCCAUUCCAUGGCAAGGCGGCUCCUGAAGCUUAUGCGAAGUGGGAAAAGAAGAUUGAGUUGAUUUUCAGUAGUCAACACUAUGCUGAAAGAAAGAAGAUUCAAAUGGCUACUGCUGAGUUUUGUGGUCAUGCUUUAAGAUGGUGGAAUCAGUUGAUAAAGUACAGAAGACUUGAUGGAAAAGAACCAGUGGAAACAUGGCUUAAGCUGAGGGCUUUGAUGCGUAGAGAGUACGUUCCAAGACAGUACCACAAGGAAGUUAUUCAAAAGCAGCCUGAGACAAAGCUAUGUUCUUCAUUAUCAGUUCAGAAACAACCAGACAGCAAGAGAUCAAGUCCAUCUAGUAACCUGGUUUCAUCAAGCAAAACAUCAACCCAUUCCUUUAAAGAUAGCAUAAGGAAGGCAAUUUCACAAGCGUUUAGGGAUGUGGAGAAACAAUUUAAACAGUCCAAGACUAUAUCUCCAUCCUUAGAAGUACAGAACCAAGCGCCUUCCUCAACUGUCUCAGAACUCAAAGAUGCAGAACCAGACUCAGUUGCACAAUCAGACUUGGCUGCACUAGUUCAAGAAGAUCAAACCGAGAUUCCAACAAUCACCAUUCAGAAACAUGAUCAACCCAUCAAGGACGACCUGAUUCUCUUCAAACAGGAUGUAAUAGAAGAGGAGGCACCCAUGGAAUCAAAAUCAGACAGUGGAGUAGAGCAUCUAUUUGUCACUGAUUCAAACGGUUUCCAAAGGACAUUCUUGGGUACUUUUCUCAUCAGUCCUUUUGUGUGGAACAAGACCAGAGCAGUAGAGCUUUCAAGACACCAACUGGGCAUGGAACAUGUUGUAUUUGAGCCUGGAGGAGAGUUGUGGAAUCACAGGAACAAUCCCUUAGUGAUUGAGAAGAAAUCGGCAGCAACAACAAUUGUUUUUGGUGAUCUUUUACCCUCUGAAGCUAAAGGGAUGCACGUCUCAGCUCAGCAAGAGUUUCACUACGAAACCAAUUGGAGAAUGUUACCCAUUCUUUCAUGGAUCCAACAAACCAGAAAACGCAGCAAAUGGCCUCCUGAUCAUCAAGAUAUUGUCAAUUCCGCAAAACAUAUCGGUUUAGCCAAAUUCUGUGAGCUGCUUAUAUCAGAUUGGGGUGGAAGGUUACAGUUCUACUUGUGGAAAACUGGAGCAUAUUCCAGCAUACUUAUCAUCCUUGGAGAGUGCUCUGCUCGUAGUAGAACCAGUUGGGGUAAUAAAGAGUUGGAAGCUGAUCAAAAUGCCUUGCUUCUUGAUCAUGUUAAGGUGUGGAAACCACCAGAUUUGCAAAAGCUUCAAUACCAUUUCAGAGAUUGUCAAACCAAGAGUGGAGAUGGAGAUUUCACUAGAUUAAAUGGUGAAGUGAUUACUGGAAUAGGAGGAGAACUCAUGUUUUCUUCUCAAAUCAAGGAGAAACCACCAGAUGGACUCAGUCUACAUCAAUCUCCAAAUAAACCAACCCGAGGUCAAACAGUUCUGAGUACUAGAAUUUUCGAAAAGAGAGGCUAUAGUAAUGAUCAGAGUAUCAAGAAUGGAUCCUUGGCUAAAUUGGAGAUGCAACAAUCAAAUCUUGGAAGCUGUCUAGCCGCCAACUCUGACAUAGGAGCAGUCCGAGGAUCAUAUCUCAGCAACAGAAGGAAUUAAGCAAGAA